AUGCACAUCAAAGGAAAAGUUGCCAUAAUUACCGGCGGUGCAGGUGCUCUUGGACAAGCAAUGGCCAGAGCUUUGUUGGAGAAAGAAGCCAAGGUGUCUAUCUUUGACAUCCAUGCUGACAGAGGUGCUGAGAUAGAGUCUUCACUACAGAGUCAGUUUGGAGGAGACAAAGUGUCCUUCUCGCUGUGCGAUGUAACUGACGAAAAGGGUUUCAAAGAGGCCUUCGACGGCGUCGUGGCACGUUAUGGACAGGUGGACAUCAUGGUCAAUAAUGCAGCCGUCAUCAACGAGAAGAUAGACAUUGACAAGAUGCUGAUGGUUAACCUGGGUGGCACCAUCAGAGGUUCGAACCUCGCCAUCAAGCACAUGAGGAAGGAUGAAGGUGGGGAAGGUGGUGUGGUCGUCAACGUCUCCUCCAUUACAGGUUUAGAGCCGAUCUUCACUGUCCCAGCUUAUACAGCAACAAAGACCGGGGUAGUAGGAUUCACAAGAUCCUGGGCAACAAAUCCCUAUCUGAAAGACCUGGGCUUGAGAUUCUGCUUGGUGUGCCCCACAGCCUUCAAAUCGUUUACAAUUCCUGAUCCAACGUCAAAUGCAUUGUAUGUUGAGGACAUGAAGAAGCUUUAUGGAAAGGGUGGCUUCGAAGAUGCAAAGGACAUAGCUGCUUCUGUGAAUGAUCUGCUGGAGGAUGACGACAGUAACGGCACCAUAAUUCACACGUGUCCCGAAGGACAGAAUCGUAGGGUGAAGAUAGAGGCGACUGAUGAAUCAACUUAAGGAGUCACUCUCAAAUACAUUGCCAAGCAGUUGGUUAUCAGAGAGGUUCUGAGAUCGAUUAGCGUGAAAUUUUGUACAGCAAAACGUCAAUGUUCAUUUUUUAAUUAAAAACUAUGCUGAAUCAAUAUCACAUACUUAUUGAUUUUUCAAGGUAUCUGUUGUGCUUCCUGACAUUGAAAUAUUCGCAGACUGUAUUUGGAAUGGUGAAUACAUGUUUUACUUCGAUUUACCUUUGUUAAUGACUAAGUAAAAUACAUAACCCUGUACAGUACAGACGGAAUAUACCACUGUUGCUGACGUACGUCUGUACUUUGCCCUUCUAGUAAUUGA